CUCAUCCUAAAAUAUUCUAGUACCAAGCUGCCAAUACUUUUACAAAAGCAUGUCUAUUCCACCAGAGUCUCCAUGCAGAGGGUGUGCAUCAAGCUUUAAUCAACCUGUAACACAACAAAACAUACAAGAAGCUCAAAAUAUGAUUGACACUGUUCAAACUGUUAAUUGUUUUAGAAGAAACCCUCCUUUAGCAAACAUAGUAUACAGGCCUGGUGUUCUAGACUGUGAUGUCACCCGCCACUUGUUCCGUUGGGACAGGAGACCUUAUCAGGAGGUCUUUCCAAAUGGCUUCCGAGCAGUUCCUGUACCAGGCACUCCAAUUGACACUCUAUAUGAUUUGUAUGACUAUGUUAAUGAUGCUGGGGCACCUCUUAAUACAAAUAGGCCUAGAAGACAUGUUUAUCUUAGCACCACUCUCAAUACAGAUUGGCGUCCAGAGCCUGAUGUAGAAACACUUCCAGGUGGAGGACAGAUCCAAGCUUACCGCUAUGAGAUCUAUGCACCUGGUGGGAUUUGGGUUGCUGCUACACUUACAAAUUACCAAUACCCUUCUCAAGCUGAAGUCUGCUUUGUUGACGGAAUUGCACGUCAAUACAUUCGAUCUGCUCAGUUAUUCACCAUCACACGCCCUCAGUAUAACCCAGCAACACAGCGAGUUCCGUAA